CACCAUGUCCUCAAGAAUCAGCAUCGCUCGCCCGCAGACAAACUCGUUCAACGUCGACCCCCAUGGGCUUUCCAACUCGGGGCGGUCUUCUGGAUACAGGGCUGCUAAUCCCGACGACCCGCUCGAGAAGAUCCGGGCGUUUAGCAAGAUUGUCGAGGACAACACCGAGAUUUACUCACAACCUUUAAAACCUCACCUGCCGGCGAUUGGUCGUUUCUUGAUUGUAGUGACAUUCUUGGAGGAUGCGUUGAGGAUUGUGACACAAUGGGGGGAUCAGAUUUGGUAUUUGCAACAACACCGACACUUUCCCUGGGGCAUCUCCCACAUUUUCCUCAUCAUUAACGUCCUAACCAUGCUCGCAGGCUCUUCGGCAAUCAUUCUCAAACGAUACACUGAAUACGCGGUGGGCGGUCUUUUGGCCGUUGUAAUCAUCCAAGGAUUUGGCUACGGGCUUAUAUUUGACCUCAACUUCUUCCUCCGCAACUUGAGCGUGAUCGGCGGUCUGUUUAUGGUGUUCAGUGACUCGAUGGUUUCCAGAAAAACUCUCUUCGCUGGUCUACCGACUAUCAGUGAGACGGACCGCAAGAAAUACUUCCUUCUUGCCGGCCGUGUUCUUCUCAUUUUCCUCUUCCUCGGCUUCAUUCUUCAAGGCGAAUGGAACAUCGUCCGUGUCCUUGUCUCUAUCGUUGGUCUCGCCGCUUGCGUCAUGGUUGCCGUUGGCUUCAAGGCCAAGUGGUCCGCUGCAUUCCUCGUCAUUGUCCUGAGUAUCUUCAACGUAUUUGCCAACAACUGGUGGGCCGUGCAUUCCGCACAUCCUACCCGCGAUUUCUUAAAAUACGAUUUCUUCCAAACUCUUUCUAUCGUUGGAGGCCUUAUUCUCCUCGUCAACAUGGGUCCUGGUGGACUUUCUGUGGACGAAAAGAAGAAAACUUAUUAGAGGUUGGGUCGCUAGGACCUUUCCUGCCACACCGCCCCAUCUUUUCGCAAGGUGUUGGAAACAUUCGAAGGUGUAUGUACGUACUAUUCACGGGCGAGCGAACGACGUCAAUCUACCCCCUUCGUGUGA